AUGGAAGGCUGGCCUGAACCUGUGAUGCAGGCCCCGCCAGAAUUGUUCGUGGAAAGCUGGCCUGAACCUGUAAUAGAGGCCCCCCGAGAAUCGUUGGUCGAAACCUGGCCUGAGCCUGUGAUAGAGCCCCCCCUAGAAUCCUUGGUGGAAAGCUGGCCUGAGCCUCCGAUAGAACCCUCGUGGAAUUGGCUGAUGGAAGGCGGGCCUGAACCUGUGAUGCAGGCCCCGCCAGAAUCGUUGGUGGACAGCUGGCCUGAACCUGUGAUAGAGGCCCCCCGAGAAUCGUUGGUCGAAAGCUGGUCUGAGCCUGUGAUAGAGGCCCCCCGAGAACAGUUGAUGGAAGGCUGGCCUGAGGCAGUGACGGAGGCUUUGUGCACUCUGCUGAGCCUGCCGGAUGAGCCUGUGAUCGGGGGAUCGAGGGAGCCGUCGGAGGGAGCCGCGCAGGAAAUUUCGACGCAAGACUGGCCUGAGCCGACGCAAGUCUGGCCUGGGUCUGUGACGGAGGCCUCGUUGGGACCACUGGUGGAAGCCUCUGUGAUGGAGACCCCCGUGAGACCACUGGAGGAAACCUGGCUUGAGACUUCGGCGGAGACCCCGCGGGAUCCGUUGGUGGGGCCUUUGAGGGAAGCCUGGCCUCAGCUUGUGAGGGAACCUUUGUGGGAGCCAUCGAUGGACGUCCCGCAGGAGCCUUUGGUGGAAGGGCCUAGGGAACCGUUUGGAGAAACUUUUUCGUCAUCUUCGAUGGACGCCUGGAAUGGGUAUGACUUGGUGGCUCGGGUGUGGAAGGAGUGCUUGGAGAAGGAGAAAGGGCUGCACCCCGUGCUCAGACCAGAUGAGGAAUUAAAGGUUGUAAUGCUGGCUGAGGCCGCUAUCCUGAAAGAGUUGAGUGGAGGUAAGACACGAGAGGACCUGUCUAUAUCUGAUUUCGAGGCCUGUUCGUGGAGAUGGCUAAAGUUAGUAUUGCUAAUGCAUGAGUGGCAAGACAAGGGCGGUGGCUUUCGUGAAGUGAUAUCAGCGUUGGAGAGUUUUCUGGCGAGGCCAGUCGGCGUUAAUGACACCUGGUUCCUGGCUGGUGUGGUGCAGAGAUUCAUUACUACGGGAUAUUUGUCCCGUUGGCUGCCUCGCACGGUACCACCGCAGAGUGGCUGGCAUUGUCGGAAGACGGUUUGUCGCGUCUCCUUCCCAGAUGAAGUUGUCCGUUUGCCGGAGACUGAGGAAAGUGUAAACCGCGUUUGGGCCAGCUCACUACUGGACUGGUGGUUCCGUCAAGCACAGCGAAAUAUUCGUAUUGACAAGAACACAUGGAAGAUCCAGGAACCUUUAAGUACCGUUUUAUCUGUUCAACAAGCUUUGGGCAAACAGGCAUUUGAAAACGCCAUAGAGGUAAUGAAGAGGGUAAUUCCCCCUCCGCGCCAAUUGUCGAGUGUAAACUACCUUUGCUGCUUACUCCAGUAUUUUGAGACAAGUCCACUGAUUAUUACUCGGGCCCGCCGUCCGUUAGCCUGCCGUCCUAGACCCUGCCCUGAUCCUAGAAGCAUUCCGCCUGAAGUCGGUGCCAUGUCGACGCCAUCUUCACCGUCCUUGGCUGACGUGGACAGAUCGGUUGGUGCCAACAGGUCGGUUGCUGUUGAGAUGACGACCUUUAUGACCCGUGUGCUUCAAGAAUGCCUGGAGAGAGAGCGAUUGGAGCUGGCGGGUGCGAGUAGGCUGAGUACUGCGAUGUACGCUAUCCACAGAUUUCGGACUGCCUUGUGCAGCCAGAAGAAGUCGACAGAGCGGAUUGCUCGCAAACCGAAAAUGAACCCGUUCGACAUGUGUGGGUGGCGAUGGCUGUGUCUGGUGGGACUGAUGAAUGACAACUUGAAGCCGCAUGCGCUUCAGCAGUUGAUCGCCGAUAGUGAAAAGAUUGUGCCUCGGCCGAAACAUGUGUCACCUUUGUGGUACUUGGCCUGUCGGAUGCAGGCCUGUCUGAAAGGAAGGGACAUCAGUCAGAAGCUCCGUUGGCCAUGGUGGGCAUUCAACACAAUCUACCGCGAUCACUUUCCCGAGACGUUUGGCGAGCUUCCCAUGUCUGAAACAUCCGUCCGCCUAAUUGCCUUCAGCUCCAGAGCUGCACACUGGAUUGCAUCCGGAAUCCGAAAGUUCCGCCUUACCCGCAAAACGUGGUCCGUCACUUCCAGUCGUGACAUUGUGGAUAUCUUUCACACGGUCCUGGGACACCACCGGUUCAACGAAGCGAUCGAUUUAAUCAAACCAAAAAUCUGUAAGAUUGCUCCCGAUGAGGGUCCACAACAAAUGCAGCAGUUACAAGACAAGUGCAUCAUGGGAAUCCUCUUCAAGUACGCGCGCGUGGCUCGAAAGGUCAGCUGUAGAUUCUGUCGAAGUUGGCAGUUUGAUGUUGACCCAAAUCCCAAGGGCUCCGAUGAAGUGAGUUCGUCUGAGGACGAACCACCCGCCAAAAAAGUACGAUGA